GUCGCGCGCUGAGGUGGAGGAAAGGGCUGCGCGCUCCCGUCUACGGCCAUGCUGCCCGGUUACAGCGCGGCGCGCGCCUAAAAACCGCACACACCGCUCUCGUUUUAGGGCGGAUCGGGUUUUUUUUAAACACAGUCUCAAUGGAAUUACGCGUUUGACCAGGAUUUUCCUGUUUAUCCAGGUUUUUGGGUUGCACCCAGAUAAUAACAGCUGGCGUCCGAGCUGAGUGACGCUGUCAUUUAUUUCCCAGCCGAAUCGUCUGGAAUAUUUCCCAUCAUCUAUUCCAAUGGCCGCGAGCGGUUGAACGCGGAAAAAAACGCCGGGCGCAGCGCUGCUUUUGUGUUCAUGUAAAUGAUGCUGUCUGCGCGCGCCGUGCGCCCGGUAAACGCGCAGCGGGGAGAGCGGCGUGUCCGCUCGGGCUGAUGAUAAUAGCGGACUUUAACGAUAAAAGCGGAGGAUAAAAACGGAACCUUUGCGAAGUCGGUUAAAGGGAGGGGAAAAAACAUGUCUCUCAGCAGGAGCAUCGAGCUCGAGCACUUUGAUGAACGGGACAAAGCGCACCGCUCCAAACGCGCGGCGGGUUCGGGCGGCUCGGGCUCCCAGCAGGGCUCCCGGGCGAGCAGUCUGGUACCGAGUCCCGCGCACAGCGCCAACUGCAGCUUCUACCGGACGCGCACGCUCCAGGCGCUCAGCUCCGAGAAGCGAGCCAAGAAGGUUCGGUUCUACCGGAACGGCGACCGGUAUUUCAAGGGACUGGUGUACGCGGUGUCCAACGACCGCUUCAGGUCACUGGACGCGCUGCUGGCCGAACUGACCCGCGCGCUCACGGACAACCUGCACCUGCCGCAAGGUGUGCGCAACAUCUACAGCGUAGACGGCACGAAGAAGAUCGCGAGCCUGGAGGAGCUCGUGGAAGGUGGGAGUUACGUGUGCGCCUCGAACGAGCCCUACAGGAAGGUGGACUACACCAAGAACGUCAACCCUAACUGGGGUUCACGGCUGGCGGGGGUGGGGCCAGGGGCGGGGCCGAGUGUGGGAGCGGCACCUGUGGGAGGAGCCGUGCGUCCGGGGCCUCCGCGCGCGGCGGGGGAAUCGAGGGAGUCUAAAGACUUUAUCAAACCCAAACUGGUGACGGUGAUCCGGAGCGGCGUGAAGCCGCGGAAGGCCGUGAGGAUUCUGCUGAAUAAGAAGACGGCGCACUCGUUUGACCAGGUGCUCGCUGACAUCACAGAGGCCAUCAAACUGGACUCAGGUGUGGUGAAGAGACUCUACACGCUGGACGGCAAACAGUUGACGAGUCUGCAGGAUUUUUUCGGUGAUGAUGACGUUUUCAUCGCGUGCGGUUUGGAGAAGUUUCGUUACGCUCAGGACGACGCUGCCAUUGGACACGCGGGCAAGGCCGCCGCGGCUGCGUUCGUUAACGAGUGCAAGAAAUCAAGACCAUCAGUCCCUCCGAAGACAGCAGGACCCAAAAGCCCUGGCGUCCCGCGCUCCAAAUCACCCGUAUCUGCCAAUGAGGCUCCGAGAAGCGAGUCUCCGCCGGUGAGGUCAUCGAAGUCUUCGGGCAGCCCCGGGACUCAACGCAGCCGUAAAACGUCCGUUCAUGAGGCGUCUCUGUCCCCGACACCUUCCAGAGACCUCAAUGAUGAAGAAGAGAUCAGUCCGGAGGUGAACGGCAAUGAUGUUCAGUCGUCUGUCAUCACGGAGAAGUACAAAGUGGGAAAAGUCAUCGGAGAUGGAAACUUUGCUGUUGUCCGAGAGUGUAUGGAGAGGUCUACAGGACAGGAGUAUGCGCUGAAGAUCAUAGACAAGGCCAAAUGCAGCGGAAAGGAGCACCUGAUAGCCAAUGAGGUGGCGAUACUGCGCAGGGUUCACCACCCCAGCAUCAUUAUGCUAAUUGAAGAGCUGGACACGCCCACUGAGCUGUAUUUGGUCAUGGAGCUGGUAAAGGGCGGUGACCUGUUCGAUGCCAUCACUUCCUCCACAAAGUACACGGAGCGGGACGCCAGCGCCAUGCUGUUCAACCUGACCGGCGCUCUGCGAUACCUGCACCGCAUGAACAUCGUACACAGAGACAUUAAACCUGAGAACCUGCUGGUGUGCGAGUAUCCGGACGGGACCAAGUCUCUGAAGCUGGGCGAUUUCGGUCUGGCUACGGUGGUGGAGGGGCCGCUGUACACCGUCUGCGGGACGCCCACUUACGUCGCCCCGGAGAUCAUUGCAGAGAGCGGGUACGGGCUGAAGGUGGACAUCUGGGCGGCGGGUGUGAUCACGUAUAUCCUGCUGUGCGGGUUUCCUCCGUUCCGCAGCGAGAGGAACCAGCAGGAGGAGCUGUUCGAGCAGAUCUUACUGGGCCGACUGGAGUUUCCCUCCCCGUACUGGGACAACAUCAGCGCCACUGCUAAGGAUUUAAUUGGUAAGAUGCUACAAGUGAAUGUUGGUGCUCGUUACACGGCUGAUGAGGUGCUGGAACACUCGUGGGUGCAGCAGGACGAUGCUAUGAUGGACACCAACAUGGCGUGUGAGAUGGAAGACGGUGUUGAAUCAGAAAUGCGACACAACACGGCAGCAGAGGCUGAGGUGGAUCAACUGCAUGAUCACAGCUGGCAGUAGUCUGACGAAUCUCUCUGGAGGCGCAGAAGACAAGAAACCCUGAUCACCACCUCAAACCUCAACACCAACACCGAGACCAGACCAGACCAGACCACCUUCCAUCCUGUUAUUAGCUGUGUUUACCAAGUUAACCAUCAACAUUACUCAGUGCUCAUAAUUUAGUGUUAGUGAUAUGCUGAAACUUCUAGUAUUAACAGGUGUAAAAUUCCAUAGACAGUCAGAACACUUUAGCAACUGCACAGCAACAUGGCAUCCACUGCAGUUUGUUUACAUGCACUAAUUUUCGUCAGUCCAAAUGAAUCCGAUUUCACAUUCUGAAAGUUCUGUUUAUAUACACCUUAAACAUUUUCCUUUACAUGCACGUUUAUGUGUUCCAAACAAAACUUCAGCGUAUACGCGGUUUCCAGGUGUCGCGUUCAGAACUGGACGAUCCCACUGCGAUUAUGUUGCAGAGUAUAAUUUGUUGAAAGUCAAGUAAAAUUGUCAUUUUGCCUUGAUGACAAAAGUAAAGUGAAAGCUUUUUUCUGCCACAGGAUAAAAAAGAUAAAAAAAGAUUGUGACUUUUUAUCUCACAUUUCGGACUUUGUUUCUCACGAUUGUGGGUUUAAAUCUUGCAAAUUUGGCUUUUUUCCCUCAGAAUUCUAAAUGCACAAUUCAGACUUUUUCCUCAGAAUUCUAAAUUUUAAAUAUCACAAUUCAGACUUUUUCCUCUGAAUUCUAAAUUUAAAUAUCACAAUUCAGACUUUUUCCUCUGAAUUCUAAAUUUACAUCACAAUUCAGACUUUUUCCUCUGAAUUCUAAUUUUACAUCACAAUUCAGACUUGGAAUUCUAAAUUUAAAUAUCACAAUUCAGACUUUUUCCUCAGAAUUCUAAAUUUACAUCACAAUUCAGACUUGGAAUUCUAAAUUUAAAUAUCACAAUUCAGACUUUUUCCUCAGAAUUCUAAAUUUAAAUAUCACAAUUCAGACUUUUUCCUCAGAAUUCUAAAUUUAAAUAUCACAAUUCAGACUUUUUCCUCAGAAUUCUAAAUUUAAAUAU